AUGGGGAAGGAGUUCGGGAGCAUGGAGGAGUUCUGGGGGUUCUACCUGGGCCAGCACUCGAAGCCGGCGACGCGGCGCUGGCACUUCGCCGGCACGCUCGCCUCGCUGGUGUGCGCGCUGCUGGCGGCCGCCACCGGCCGCGCCGCGCUCCUGGUGGCCUGCCCUGUGCUCGGCUACGGCAUGGCCUGGUACAGCCACUUCUUCGUGGAGGGCAACCGGCCGGCCACCUUCGGUCACCCCGUCUGGUCCUUCCUCUGCGACUACCGCAUGUUCGCCCUCAUCCUCACCGGCCGCAUCGACGCCGAGCUCGCCCGCCUCCGCGUCCACCCGCGCCUCGCCUCCGACUGA